AAUUAUUCACAACUAAACUCACCUCGAGACUGUAAGUUUAACUAUAAAAAGAAGAAGAGUCCCGCUAGUUUUUAUUUUAUUGGUGGGAAAAAAUAUUUGAUUUUCUAUAUUUAAGUGAUGAGAUAAAUUUAUGUAUUUCAAAUUACUGAAAUUAAAAAUUAUAAGCCGUUGCAAAUAUUUAAAGUAUUUGAACAGUAUUCAAUACGAAGUUUAUAUGUGCAUAUAAUGAGUAAUGCUAAUAUAUUAGCGGAGCUUAAACCUUGUGGCUAUAUAUUGGCAACAAGGCAGUAUAAGUACUUUGCAUUAAAAUGCAUUCAUUGUGAUAAAAAAUAUGGGCACUGGGCAACCUUUUUACAACAUUUGAAACAAUUUCAUAAUGAUAUUGAAGAUGAGGCGCAUUGGCUUUUCGAAUGCACUGAAGAAACGUUGUCACCGGCCCGGCAACAAAGUGAGGAGUAUCCUGUAGAGUGUCUGACCGAAGCCCUACUACCAAAAGAAAAGGAAACACUUACUAGCGCUUUCGUAUUGGAUGAACAAAUUGAUUGUGUUGACAAUGUUUUCGGAAAUAAAACAGAGGAAGUUGCGGAAGACGUGCGCUCAAAUAGAGAGAACACUUCUUCGCCAACUAGUCGGUUUCUGAACGGGACUUUUGAAGAAUCGCAUGACCAAUUAAGUAAUAGUAGCGUUACGGCCCAAGAAAUUAAAAAUUUAAAGGUUAAAAUUAACUUAAAUAUUGAUGAUGAAGUCACGGUACAACUUAUAACUAUAUAUAGAAAUUUUCCAUCAUUAUGGCAUUUGAAUAAAAAUUCAUCCAAUACGACUAAUAUAAAAUAUCAAGAAAAGCAAGAAAUGUUAAAAUCGUUUGCGGUACUUAACAUACAUAUAUCUAUGGAUGAUUUAGAAGAGUCUCUCACACAACUUCAUUUACAAUAUUGUGAUAUAUCGCGAAGGUUAGAAGAAGGAAUAGAGAUUUCAGAUAUUGAAGAAAAAUAUUUCGAAAUGUGUGAAUUUUUGAAACCGUAUAAUAAACCACAUCUUGUUAGAAAUGAAGAUGAAAGUGAGGAGUCUGAAAGUGUACAUGGAGAAUGUGAUAAGUUUAUAGGGGAUAAUGAUUUUAACGAAGGCUCACUAAGUGGAUAUGGCUCGUCCGAUGGCGAAGCAUUACAAAGUAAAUUGAUUGAAACGCAAACGCUUGUUAGGUUUUCGACACGUAAUAAAAUCACCUCCGAUUUUAUACAAGGUCUCCGAGAUCAGCCCUGUCUAUGGGAUUCGCAAGACCCCGCUUAUAAUGACCCAAAAGAGCGUUUACAAGCAAUUAAUAAGUUGAAGGAUUAUUUUCUCUCUAACUACAGCAUACCACUUACGGAGUCAAAAAUUACAACUGAAAUAAGACGUUUGUACAGCUUUUAUAAAAGAUGUGUGGUUACGCGGAACACCUUGAAUGUUAAUCGUCAAUAUUAUUAUGACUGCUGCUCAUUUUUGGCAGGUGCAGAAUUGGAUGAUGUACUUCUAAAACGCAGUUAUACAUAUCGUAAAAUUUCGUUUCAAACAGUCGAUGAUUUUACGCUUGGCUUCAUUGACUUCUGCGCCAUGCAUCCUGUGCUAUGGGACAAAAACGAUCCCAAUUAUUCUGUUUUGAAUGUACGUCGACAGGCUUACGAAGAAAUCGCAAAGAAUUUACAACAAAUUUACAAUGUUGAAUUGAAUAACGAAGAGAUUUACUAUGCAAUUUCUCGUCUUAAACAUCAUUAUUAUAUGUUGCAACGUAAGAAUCUACUAAACGGUUCGCUUAACAACUUGGAGCUGGAGUUUUUAGAGCGCUGUAGCUUUUUACCAACAUCAAAUAACAAUCUGCAAUGUUUGAUUUGUGAACGAAUAUUGCGCAGUUAUUCCACCUUACAAACACAUAUGUUAAAAGAGCAUAAUAUUGGUGAACUACCACAUAAAUGUCAACAUUGCGAACAACGUUUCGAGCGAAGAGCUUUGAAAGUUGAACAUGAAGUUCGUGCUCAUACCAAGCAAUUUGAAUGGUUUUGCUCAUUUUGCUCCAAAGGUUUUGCCACGCGUCGUGAUAUGGAAAUACACACAUUGGUUCAUACGGGAGAGCAUAGAUGCGUUUGUGAACAUUGCGGCAAAGGUUUUCGGCUAAAACAUCAAAUGACCGAGCAUGUGAAGAUCAUGCACGAACGUUUGAAACGUUUCAAGUGCACCAUGUGUCCGAAGGAUUUCUUUCGAAAACGUCAACUUGACGAUCAUGUACGUGCACAUCUGAAUAUACGUGAUAAGAUUUGUAAUAUUUGUGGCAAAGGAUUUACCAACAUACAUGGACUUUUCCGACACAAGCAAUUACAUUCGGACGUAAAGAAAUAUGAAUGCAAUAUUUGUGGUAAACGUUUUCAUCGUAUAUCCGGUGUGAAUUCACAUAAAAAACUAGCGCAUAAAAAAGCCAAACAACAAGAGAUUUUUACAAAUAUAAUAAUAAGUGAAGAAGAAGAGGAUGAUGGCGACGCCAACGAAAUUUCUCUUUGAUACGCUUAAACUUUGUCAACAAUAUUCUAUAUGUUUAAAACGUAAACGUAAACAUAUUGACAUUGUUGUCGACGUUAUAAGCUUUACUGACGGAGGCGGUCAUAGUUAAAUGGUCUACUAGUGUGUUCUGGAUACAUCUCUUGUAUAUUUGUAGACGUGUCGUUUUGUGCGUUAUGCCACCUCCAUUUCACAUCAUCGACGCUUACAUAUAUAGUUUAAUCUGCGAUUUCUAAAUUAGUUUAUAUAUAUAAAUAUAUAUAUCUACAUAUAUAUAUACUAAGGUACCAAAUGACCGCACUGUUGACCGGACAUCCUCUUGAAACUAGUAUAUAUUUAUUUAUGAAAUAUUUAAGUAUUAAAUCAAUAAUAAUAUGAUAUAUGAAUAAUGAAAUGCUUAUAAAUAUGAUUGCGAAUUUUUUAAGUAAAAAGUUUUAUAUUAAAAAUUGGAAUUUGAGUUUAAUAAUUUAAUUUAAUUCCAAUUUUUGGAUUAAAAAUUAAAAUCUCAUCUUCGAUUAAAAUUGAGAAAAUAUUUUGUAAUUUAAAAAUUGGAGUAACAAAUAAAAAUAUUAUUUUUUAAAUUAAAAGCUGGAAUGAAAAGGGAUAAAAAAGAAAUGAUUUACAUACGUAUUUCUAACUGAAGCACUAUAAUUAAAUGCAAAUUAUCUUUCAAUCCGAUAUUUGGGAAUAAAAUAAAAUAUACAUUUUUAAUAAUAUUUUUGAGAGUAAUUUUUUUUCAAUCCGGUAUUUGGGAUGAAAUAUUAAAUAUAAAUUUUUAUUCCGGUUUUUUGGAAUUAAUUUUUUUUUCAUUGCGGUCUUGGGUAUUAAAAAUUAUUUUUAAUAAAGAUUUUUGGGGUUACAAAAUUAAAAUACUUUCUUCAAAUGGUAAUUCAAUUAUUAUUUUUUAUUUUAUUAUUUGCAACUCUGAACAUAACCCAAUUUUUUUUUACCCAUUGCUGCUCUUCAUUCUCAUUCUCUUUGUCCUAAUUUAACAUAUUAACAUAAUAUCACAUUUGUGUGCUGUAAAUUAUGUUAACGCUUUGAUGGAAUCCAUUUUGGGGAUUCGUUAAAUGCUGAUGCAAAUUUAAAUAGGCUGGUUGGAGUAUUGAUCUGUUGGAUUAUUGGUUUUCCGAUCUCUUCUAUGUUGUUUAACUUACAGUGAUUUGCUUCCUUCAAGUUAAUUUUGGCAGCCGUAAUUUAUUGUGGGGUCGCAUACGAAUCCCGAACUACCUGCUUAGAUACGCCUGUUCUCACAAAAGGCUAGUUUACAUAACUGGAAUGGACGAGCAUUUAUAUCCGACCAUGAACUGUCAACUCGGCAGUGUUUAAAGAAGGUUUUAGGGCCCUACAACAACAACAAGUCUUUCUUGAAAAACUUUCAAAUGCUUGGUAUAAAUUAAAACGGUCGACAAAUAGGUUGGUAUAUAGUAUCAAGCGAUGACUUUUCACUUGAACGACAUAUUUUGGGUAUGGACAGAAUAAAUCUGAAUAUUUCUGUUUUAACCUUUUACAAUAUGUUGUAUAAUGUGUAAUUCACGAGGCAGUUGAUAUUUUCUCUUUUAGUUUUUUUUUAUAUAAUUAACAAGGUAUAUUAAGUUUGUUACGAAGUUUAUAACACCCAGAAGUAAACCUCGAAAACUUUAUAAAAAUAUAUUUAUAAAUGAUCAUCGUGACACACCCUUGUCUUCCCAAGAAGCUGCUCAUUCAUCGGAAUUGCCGGUAUUGGGCCGCUAUACAAACCAAUCGAUUAAAAUUAAGUCCAUAUAUGGAAAACUUUUUUAUUUGAAAAUAUAUCUUCACGAAGUUUGUCCUGAAUUAUUGUCCAAGGCAACGAUAUAAUCUCCAAACAAGUGGUUUACAUCGGACCACUAUAGCAUUUAGCUGUGAUACAAGCUGACCGAUCAAAAUCAAGGUAAAGAUUUUUUAAUACUCUUUUAGACUAUAAGAAAAGCACCUGUGAAGGAUAUUAUAUCGGCUGCACCGACGCUAACGUUUUGUUUUGUUUUAAACUGUGUUUAAUUCAGUUAAAUUAUGUAUGCGAUAUCAGGAGAGCUCGAAAAUCCACAAAAAAGUUUGAAAAUAGUUUUGAUAAUUUUUUUAUGUUCGUUUAAAACAUGUAUUAUAUUAGGGCACAUUCGUUAUUUUAGCAACCAUAUCAGACUUGCUUUGCAAUUCUGCUUUUCAAGGUCAUCCAAAUUCUACGACAUUUUCUAACCUUGCAAAAAAUUACUUGCCUAAAGGUCGACUAUAAGUAACAACUGGACCUCCAUUGCUUACUUUACAACUUCCAUUUUCAUUUCACAAAAGAAAA